ACAGAAGUGGUCACCGAACACAUGGAGGCCGUAUUCUAACACAGGAGAGACUUUUAGGAUACCUAGUUUACAACAGGCAUAAUCUUAGCAUACCAGUAUGUCAGGGAUAUCCUGAGAAGGGUGUGGGCCUGGACUCACCCACCAACGUGCCCAUGAUACUCACGCCUAAGAGGAGGCCGCUCUAUUGGCAGCCCCUACACACGUUUGGGCAGUUUUAUAAACAGAACUUGGGAAAACGAACUUUGAUGAUGUUAAAACAGGGGUAUUGACCCUGGCCCCAUGAGUCACCAGCCCACUUGGGUCUAUCUUGUGGCCAUUUGCCUUAUCUAACAGACUGGCCCGUGAGAUGUGCGUAUCACUAUAAUGCCAUCCAGGGAUAAAGAACAAUCUGAGUUAUGAUGUCCAUGUGUUACAGAGCAAGAGUUUCAAAGGAGGGGAAGUGAGCAACAGAGUGUGCCCUCCGAAGAUGUCUAAGCCCCCUGGCCUGGAACACUUGGAGUUAGCCAAGCAACGGACGACAGGAGGGGUGGGGGUGGGGCAUUCCGUGUGGCACAGUUGAGAAGGCAUGGAGGUUUUGUUUCCACUCUCAAGGUAGGGUCUUGCCUUUUAGCGUUUGCAGUCCUUCAUGAUUACAUCAGUCCAUCAUGCCAAAAGGCCCUUAGCCAAGGAGCACUGAAGCUGAUGCUGUGGAAGGAAGUCACAUAGAAAGGACGCUAUCUGAAGGAUAACAGAUCAGAAAGACUGGAAAGGCCACAGCCAGAGGCUAUGCCUCUCACAGCCAGGCAGUUGCCACCCUUUAUGCAGCCAGCAUAGAUCUGGAGCUAAUGCCUGAGGGUCUCUGUGUCAGGGAGAGCUGCUGCUGAUGGACAGAGGCCACACACCGUCGACCGAUUCACGAUGGCCACGUCAGUGGCAGCUCCUUUGAGACACUCUGCCUCCUCCUUGUCUUCUCUACAGAAAUACCAAGUGGUUACCUAUGAGGCUGGCAGAGUGCUUCAGACUUGGGCUCCCCAAGUGUCCCCGAGGCGGGCACCAGUAGUGCCAGGACCUCCGUGUGUCAGGCUGGGGAUCAUGCUGGUCUUGGUACUGAUUUUCCUGCCAAGCUUGUACUGUGACCCUGGAUCUGUAUAUUACUCUUCUUAUGAAACAGUCAUCCCCAAGGGUCUGACAGUCAAGGGAAGGGAAGACCCAGGGGAAAAGGCAUCCUAUAUGCUAUUAAUGCAGGGCCAGAAACAGGUGAUUCACCUGAAGGUGAAGAGAGACUAUUUUGUGAAUAACUUCCCAGUCUUCAGCUACCACAAUGGUGUCCUGGGGCAAGAAACGCCUUUCAUCUCGCAUGACUGUCACUAUGAAGGCUACAUAGAAGGAGUCCCAGGUUCUUUUGUUUCCCUCAACACCUGUUCAGGCCUCAGGGGCAUCCUGAUUAAGGAGGGGAAACCCUAUGGCAUUGAGCCCAUGGACACUUCAAAACGGUUUGAACAUGUACUGUACACCAUGGCACACCAAGCUCGAGUCUCCUGUAGUGUCACCUCCAAAGGCAGCCAAGUGGUGUCCACCAGCCGGCAACAAGGGAGCAGGAAGCCUCGAAGUCUACAGGCACUGUCCUCCUUUUGGUCACACACCAAGUACGUGGAGAUGUUUGUCGUGGUCAACAACCAGCGGUUCCAAAUGUGGGGCAGUAACGUCAAUGAGACAGUCCAGAGAGUAAUGGACAUCACUGCUCUGGCCAACAUCUUCAGUCGGGAAAUAAACACCGAGGUGGUGCUGGCUGGAAUGGAGAUUUGGACCGAGGGGGACCUCACAGAAGUCCUAGCGGACUUGCGAGUUACACUCAGGAAUUUCAAUAGCUGGAGACAGGAGCAGCUCCUCCAUCGUGUGAAGCACGAUGUUGCCCACAUGAUCGUGGGACAUCAUCCUGAAGAGGACGUGGGACAGGCAUUUCUCAAUGGUGCCUGUUCAAGAGGCUUUGCAGCAGCUGUUGAAGCCUUCCAUCAUGAAGAUGUCCUCCUGUUUGCAGCGCUCAUGGUCCAUGAGCUUGGGCACAACUUGGGUAUUCAGCACGACCACUCGGCCUGCAUUUGUAAAGAUAAACGCUUUUGCCUCAUGCAUGAAAAUAUCACUAAAGACAGUGGCUUCAGCAACUGCAGCUCUGACCACUUCUAUCAGUUCCUGCGGGAACACAAAGGGGCCUGCCUAUUUAACAAGCCUCGGCCCAAAGGUCGCCUGCGUAGGCAAGCCACGUGUGGGAAUGGUGUGUUGGAGGAGAAUGAGGAGUGUGACUGUGGACCUGACUGUGGUAACAACCCAUGCUGUGACCAAACUUGUAGGCUGAAGGAAAAAGCAAAGUGCAGUCCUGGGCCCUGCUGUAAUGACACGUGUCAAUAUUUAGUAAAGGGAUCCAUGUGUCGUCCUUCUUCUGGAGAGUGUGACCUCCCAGAAUAUUGUGAUGGUACCUCUGACAGAUGCCCCACCAACACAUACAAGCAAGAUGGUACAUCUUGUCAAAGAGUUCACUAUUGCAUUCAGGGUGUGUGCCAGACCCCGGAUUUUCAAUGUGUAAGUGUUUUUGGAUACCCUGCAAGGUCUGCCCCAGAAGACUGUUACAUUCACAUGAACACUAAAGGGGAUCGGUUUGGAAACUGUGGCCUUCCCACUUUAGGUAACCAGGAAUAUGUUAAGUGUACAGGUGAAAAUAUAUAUUGUGGGAAAAUUAUAUGUACAAAUGUUAAACAUGUACCAUCGAUCAAACCCAUGGAAACAAUGAUCCAGGUCCCUCAUAAGGAUGACUGGUGUUGGAGCAUGGAUGUCUAUAAUGAUACUGAUAUCCCUGAUGAUGGUUAUGUGCAAAUUGGCACACUCUGUGCCCCAGAAAAAAUCUGUAUGAAUAACUCCUGCGUCAAUCAUGAUGCGCUCAACUAUGAUUGUGAUACAGAAGAGAUGUGUAAUGGGAGAGGAGUUUGCAACAAUUUAAAGCACUGUCAUUGUGAGGCUGGCUAUGCCCCACCUGACUGCAAAACUGGAGGAACUGGGGGUAGUGUGGACAGUGGCUCUCCUGUUGUACAACAGGAAACUGGAAACACUAUCAAUGUUGCCAAACAUGAAGAUAGUUACUUAGACUAUAUGGUCAUAUUAUUUUUCAUACUUUUUUCCCUAAUAUUAAUAAUCAUAAUUGUUUGUGUCAUCAUCAUGUGUAAACGUUCAAGAGAAGCUCCUCCAGAGCCCACAGAAAAGGGUCCAGAAGAGGCUGCAGUAAAGCCCCCAGAAGAGGCAGCGGAAGAGGCUUCGCCAGAAGAAGAGGACGAGGAAGAGGAAGAGGAAGAGGAAGAAGAGGGAGAGGAGGAAGAGGAAGAAGAGGAAGAAGAGGAAGAAUCAGAGCCAUAAGAGAAGUAGUAGCAGGAAGAAGCUAAAUAUAUCAAACAUCUGAAGCACUGAAUGGGAAUGAGAUGUUCAGGGAAGUAAAGGUGAAGUGGGAAUUGAUGGCUCCACUGGCUCUGAAUAGAAAUAUGCUGUCUACGAAAAUAUACUAAUGUAGGGGGAGGGAUUCAUCCACUUUUAUUAUUCAUUUUAGUAAUUAAGGUUUUAUUUAUUUAAUAUAUUAAAUAUUUUACUUUUUCUUUUCCACAUUUCAUUUGAACUCUUCACAUGCAUCUGUAGACAUCAGUGUCUUUGUCUUGGGCCUAUUUUUCCAUUCACCAGAAACUUCUUUAGUACAUGCCAUCUUUCAUCUAAGUUGUUUGACAUAUGCUACCACAUUUCCCUGGAUCUAUUACUUUCAUUUUGCAAGCAACCACUACCUAUUAUGAGGACAGUUGUUUAUGUGAUCAUUUUAAUUUGUCUUACAAAUGUACAUUCAUGAAAUGAGUGUUUAAAUACAAAAAUAAAUAAAACCCUAUUCAGAUUAUACAUCUCUUCAGAUUGCACUUGGCAUAGUUAUU